AAACUAACCGCGCUAAAAACAAAAACAAAAUGGCGGUAAAAGGUGCAUUGCACCGAUUCUUCACGAUUUUUUAUUUUACGGUCAAUCUUGCUCGAUAAACAUCCGAAAAAUGGCUCCAGCAGUACAAGCAGAGUGGAGUCCGAGCGAUUGGCCGGAAUCCUUACAAGAAAUGCGGGUUAUCGACAACCUCUUGCGAUGUUCCAUAUGCUUUGAGUAUUUUGAUAUCCCAGUGAUGGUACAAGAAUGUUCACACAACUAUUGUAGUGUAUGCAUAAGAAGAUCAAUCACCUUUGAUACCCAGUGUCCUACAUGUCACAUGAAAACAGUACAGCAGGAUCUGAGAUGUAACAGGGUUCUGGAUGAGCUGGUUAAAAAUUUUAUUGCUGUCAGACAAAAACUUCUGCAGCUGAUAAACCAGAGAUAUCAAACCACAGAAAAUAUCUCAUCAUGCGCCAAAACUCCGUCCAGUCACCCCUCUACAGGAAAGCGCAAGAGUAGGACAACUCCUAGUGUGACUCCUGGUCGCAAGCGGAAAAGACGAAUAAUUGAUUCAGAUGAUGAAGACAAGACAUUUGAGGCGAUAACAAUAAAGCAGGAGCCUGAAUGUGCCGCUGAUUCUACCAAAAAGACUCCCAAAGGAAAACAACCCAGAAAAUCACCCACCAGACCCCCAGAUUUUGCUGAGUGCCCAGUGUGUGGGGAAUUAAUACUCCAGAGCAAAGUGAACUCUCAUCUUGAUCUCUGCCUGACAAGGAAUGAGAAAAAAGAGGCUCUCCGUAGUUCAAAUUCACCUCAAAAGAAAGAGCAGAAAAUGGUUACCGAAGAAGGCAAAACAAAAAGUGUGAAGCAGCAAAGCUCUAUGUUUUCACCAUCAGCAAUGUUAUGUUCACCACCCAGUACAUCAACCCAAGGCCAGACCACCCUUGCAAUGAAAGGGUCAAACAGCUUCAUUCCGACUGUCCAGAAAAGAAAACCACUUCCAAAGCUUGUUUACACCUUGUUGUCAGAUAAACAACUGAAACAAAAACUUAGGGAGUGUGGGCUUCCAACACAGGGCCCACGAGAGAAGCUGAUAAAGACACACAGGGAGUAUGUGACAUUGUAUAAUGCCCAGUGCGACUCGGCUAACCCUAUGUCAGGAGCAAUGAUUAUCAAGCAGAUGGAACAGAAUGAGAAAAAGAAAAUUAAGCUUACAGAGGCUUCCACAUCAGAUAGCAGUACACACUUUAAAAAGCAGACAAGUAAAGAAGAAACAGAGGCAGCCAACAGGCUCUACUUGAAAGAGCACCAAAGUGAAUUUGACCAGCUUAUUGAAAACAUUAGAAGCAGAAGGAAUAAGGGGAAUAGAGCAGGCAAGCGUAUGGCUGGUAGUGAUGCUAAAACAGAUGAUGAUGGGAAACCUUCUACUGAGAUUAAAUUUGAGGGUUCUGGACAAAUGGAAAAGGAUGAUAAAGCUUGUAGAAAUAAUAGCACUAAUACUGGGGAGACGUCAGAGGAAAUAUGUGAUGUGAAGAAAGGCCAGGAACCAAAUAUGGAAUCAAGAGAAGGAGCUGGAACUUUAGAAGAUGUGGUUGUCAUAGAUGACUCUACUAAUGAUACUGCAAGUAAUGAUACAUCCACUAAUAAACCUCAAUUAGAACCUGUUUGCAUUUCCAACGCACCUUACCUGACAGAUAAUGGCGAUGAUAUCUCUAAUGCCGAUGAUAUCUCUAAUGCCGAUGAUAUCUCUAAUGCCGAUGAGAUCUCUAAUGCCGAUGAUAUCUCUAAUGCCACUGAAAUGAUUUCUGCACCUCAUAAAUCUGAACACAGCUUUGUGCCAUCUGCAACCUCAUCCCCUGCAAGUGGGAAGCGGGAUGAUUCAGCUACUGGAAGUACUAGUAAUAUUCUGGAGCCUGAGAACUGUAAACACAACUUAGACAAUGAAAUGAAUGUGAGUGCUGUUGUAUCUAUGCUAGAUGAUGAUGCCCCUGAUGACAAUGAUGAUACUCCCUGUUCCAGUGUUGAUGAGGACAAUGAGCUGACACCUUCUCUAGGCCUUACUGGGAGUGACAUGGAGGAAGAUGCUGAAAGUGAGGAAGAUGCCUACUCACUGAACAGCAGUCCAAUUGUUGCCAUUGCGACCAGGAGGAAGAAAUUAUUUGAUAAUAGCUAGUUAAGUAUCCAGUAGAUAUCUGCAAGACUUGGCUAUGUUAGAUGCUUCCAACAUUUUAAAACACAUCUUUUUGAUAUGAUGAUGAACAGAUCUUGACAACAACAAAAUCAUAUAGAAAAAGAUGGCUAUGGUAUAUUGAUACACCUGAUUUCAUCAAUUUAAGUGGAAAAAAAAUACUCUUGUUAAAAUCCUGUGUGUUGUAAUAAAUACAAGGGUAAAAUUGUUUUAAUGGGCAGAAGCUUAGGCAUGGUUUGGAUGCCAUACUUUUCAUGUACCUUCUAAAUGCAAAUGCAUACAAAGUUGGUUGUUUUAUCACCAUUUGCAUACAGGAUGUAGCAGGGGGUGAGGCAUUUGGGGCACCUGCCCUCCUCCCCCUUGUUGGGUAUAUGGGUAUCUGACCAGUAGGGGCAUGGCUGUGCCUCCUCCCCUCCCCCCGAUAUGUUCUAAAUGUUUCUCUAUCAUGCCCUCCCCCACAAAAAUAUUUCAAGGCUGGCUACAGCCAUGACAUUUGAGAUGGCACAUGAAAAGAGAGCCAUCUAAACUUAGGCUAAGGCUAAGGCCGUCUCAAAUGUCAGAGCUGUAGCUUAGGCUCAUCCUAAGUGAGUGGUCAUCCCAGAUAGAGAGGAGAAGUCAACAAGUCAUAGCAUAUUUAUUUUAUUGCACUUGGGUUAGCCACAGCUUGAAGCCUUUAAAACUUUGUCUAUUUUACAAUGAUCUUAUAAUCUCUUGGAGACCAAUAUUAUCCAGUGGAAAAAAACAAAACAAAUAAGUGGUCUAUACAUAUAAAUGCUUGUUGAGUAAUUCUUUUAAGGUUGGUUCUCACUUGGAAGUAAGCGCAAGGGGAACCCACAUAGUUUUCCGAUUCUCACUAUAACAUAAGUGCAAGAGAAUGAGACUGCUUGAUUUUUUGUGCUUGUGUUUGACCGAUUCUCACUUUGCGCUUCAGUUUGCACUUCCACUUGCGUCCUAGUGAGAACAAACUUUUACCGUUAUUAAUAUAAUCAUAAAAGACGAUUGAGUUCUCAAGUAUAAAUUCAAUUUAUGAGGUACUAAUAUUAUACAACGUAGAAAGUUAGCCAAUAAGCAGGAGAGAAUGGCUGUUUUGAUUGACACAAUGGUAUGAUGAGCUUUUCUUUGCCUCGUCGCUCAUUGAUUCACUACAAGUUGUCAAGAUGGCCACACUAACCACUGUUGUACUGUAGCUAGCAGAAAAUUCAUUACAUUUGUCAAUUUUCUUCGAAAGAUCUUCCAAAGUUAAAAAGAUUCCAAAAAGUCAGAAUUUCGGAAGUGGAUCAUAAAACAAAAUGCGAUAGGCAGUGAGUGGGCGAUUUUUUUAUAAUUUUUGGAUUUGUUUAACUUUACAAGAUCCCUUACUAAUUUAAAAGGCAUGUGUAAAGGGAUGUCUAUUUAAAUAGCUACCAAACACACAAGGAUUUAAUUUCUAUUUUCUAAAAUUUAUAUGGAGGCAUAAAAAUACCAGAGAUAUUUUGUUAAAAUUAAAAAAAAAAAAAAUGAAAAAUACUUUGACAUU